GCUGCGCCGUGCUGAGCCGGUGGGAGCAGAGUGUGAGGCUCAGGGUCCAUGGUGUUUAUUGGGAUUAUUCCUGGUUCCAGAUCAGGAGGAACAAUCUGAGUUUGAGAAAGAGGACAUUUACUUCUCUGCGAAGGAGAGGGACUGUUUAAAUCAAGAAGAGAAGAAACUUUACAGGGAUCUAGUGGUGGAGAAUUAUCAGACUCUCGGCUCUCUGGUACAUUUCUUUCAGGUGUUUCCGCCAGCAGAAUUUAUCCCAAAGAACAUGACAAAAACAGAAAUGCACAAAGCAAGAUUAUGAAGAAAUCUUUUAAGGAUCAAGUAUUCAAACUCAAUGAAUCCUAUAUGUCUACAAAUGAGCUAGUAAACAAAAAAAAUCACAUGUUCUAAAUGUGAGAAAUGUUUUACCCAUCACUCAGCUCUUGUUAGGCUUCACACAGUGCCGUUCUCAUGUUUUGUAUGUGGGAAAUGUUUUUUUUUUUUUAAACUAAAUCAGAUCUUGUUUUUCAUCACAUAACUCACACAAAAGAGAAGCCAUUCUCCUGUUCUGAAUGUGGGAACUAUUUUGGUACUAAAUCAAACCUUAUGGCACAUCAGAGAACUCACACAGGAGAGAAGCCGUUCUCCUGUUCUGAAUGUGGGAAAUGUUUUGGAACUAAAUCAAACCUUAUGGCACAUCAGAGAACUCACACAGGAGAGAAGCCGUUCUCCUGUUCUGAAUGUGGGAAAUGUUUUAGCCAGCAUUCACACCUUGUUAGACAUAAUAAAACUCACACAGGAGAGAAGCCAUUCUCCUGUUCUGAAUGUGUGAAAAGUUUUGCCUGUAAAUCAGACCUUAUGGCACAUCAGAGAACUCACACAGGAGAGAAGCUGUUCUCCUGUUCUGAAUGUGAAAAAUGUUUUGGAACUAAAUCAGAACUUAGGGCACAUCAGAGAACUCACUCAGGAGAGAAGCCGUUCUUCUGUUCUGAAUGUGGGAAAUGUUUUAGCCAGCAUUCAUACCUUGUUGUACAUCAGAGAACUCACACAGGAGAGAAGCCUUUCUCAUGUUCUGAAUGUGGGAAAUGUUUUGCAGCUAAAUCAAACCUUAUGGUACAUCAGAGAACUCACACAGGAGAGAAGCUGUUCUCCUGUUCUGAAUGUGAGAAAUGUUUUGUAACUAAAUCGGAACUUAUGGCACAUCAGAGAACUCACACAGGAGAGAAGCCGUUCUCAUGUUCUGAAUGUGGGAAAUGUUUUACCCAGCAAUCAUACCUUGUUGUACAUCAUAGAACUCACACAGGAGAAAAGCCGUUUUCCUGUUCUGAUUGUGGGAAAUGUUUUGGAAAAAAAACAAACCUUAUUUCACAUUUUAAAACUCACACAAGAGAGAAGCCGUUCUCCUGUUCUGUAUGUGGGAAAUGUUUUGCCUUUAAAUCAAGGCUUGUUAGACAUUAUAGAACUCACACAAAAUACGAAUUUUCUGAUGUUCUGAAGUUGUAAAAUGUUUUAGUUACAUACUGAUUUUAAAAAGUCAAUUUUAUUUUUUAAACAUUUAUUUUUGAAAUGCAUAGUUAGUCAAACAAGAUUAUAAUGACAGUUUUGCAAAUAUAGGCUUGUGAAUAAACGAAACAGAAGUAGUAGAAAACGUCAUAAGAAGCACUGCACUUUUUUUUUGUGUAGAGAUAACAAAGACACCAGUAUACAAUGAUAUGGGUAUGCUACUAGCAAAGAUAUGGCAGUAGAGUAAAUUAUGCUAGGCUAGUAUGCUAGACUACUGUAGAUCCACAGUCCCUAAAGUAAAGGUCAGGUACAGAGGCUCGCUCAACCCAUGGCAAAUAGAAACAAGAGUAGGGGCUCAGUGUAGGCCCAAAGGAAUAAGAAGCAAAAGAUAAUAAGAUAUUGAA